AUGGGUGAUAAGAAGUUUAGGGAUACUUUAGAUGAGAUGAUUUUUUAUUUAAAUUUAAUGUAUAUUUUACAAUCAAAAGAAUUUGCAAAUAUUUAUCCAACUAUAGUUAUACAAUCAUCAUUAUUAUUAACAUGUAAUGAAGUAUUAGCUAAACCAAAUACACUAGAAUUACCUAUAAAAAGAUCAAUAACGGAAUCAACAAAAUUAAUUAAAAAAUGGAAUUCAAAGGGUAAAGAAUGUGUAGAUAUAUAA